GUCAUUGUAAUUCCGUUCCACAUAAUUCCAUUUCCACUCAUACUACACGGACCAGUACGCCAAUCAAUCGACUUCACCAAUAAUAAUAAUAUUCACAGGCUCUUCCAAUCUCCAUCAACACUCAAUCAAUCAAUCAAUCUGGUAAACCAGCAACAACAAGUCGUC